UUGAACAAAACAAAGUCCAACUGUCAAACGACACUCACCAUUAUUUCAUCACUGAAAUUUCCUAAAUUUUUUGACCAAAAUCAUCAAUAAAAAAACAUGGGGAAAGAGGAAGAUGAAGAUGGAUCAAUGAGAGAGAUACAACCGGCGGCGGAGAUGGAAGAGGAACAACAAACGGCGGCCGAAUACGGCGACUCGAAAAACAGAAUCCCACCAUGGAAUAAACAGAUUACAGUACGAGGUUUGGUAGCAAGUACGAUCAUUGGGGUUAUAUACUGCAUAAUUAUAAUGAGGAUAAGCCUUACUACUGGUUUGAGUCCCAAUCUGAACGUUUCAGUGGCACUUCUUGCAUUUAUUUUCAUUCAAUCAUGGACUAAAAUUUUGGAGAAGACGUCCUUUUCCUCUGUUCCUUUUACCAGACAUGAAAAUACUAUGAUUCAGACUUGUGCUGUUGCCUGUUACAGCAUGGUCAUUUCAGGUGGAUUCGGGGCGCAUCUGUUGGCAUUGAACAAAAAGACGUACGAACUUGCCGGAAACUCGCCAGGGAAUCCACCAGGGAGUUACAAGGAGUUACAGCUUGGAUGGGUGAUUGGUUAUAAUUUGCUUGUCUGUUUUGUUGGACUGUUUGUGUUGAUCCCACUUCGGAAGAUAUUGAUAGUUGACUACAAAUUGCCGUUCCCGAGUGGCUUGGCAACUUCUGUUCUCAUUAAUGGAUUUCAUUCAAGGGGAGAUAAACUGUCAAGGAAGCAGGUGCGAGGAUUUGUGAAGUACUUCUCAUUAAGCUUCUUCUGGGGUUUUUUCCAGUGGUUUUUUACUGGUAAAUCAGGAGACUGUGGAUUCAACCAGUUCCCAACUUUUGGCCUUCAAGCCUUUAAACAUUCAUUUUACUUCGACUUCAGUCUGACAUAUAUCGGCACAGGAAUGAUUUGUUCUCAUCUUGUUAAUCUGUCUGUACUGCUGGGAGCUGUGAUUUCCUGGGGAAUCAUGUGGCCACUAAUUGGUAAACUCAAAGGAGAUUGGUUCCCUGCAGAUUUACCAGGUUACAGCAUGCAAGGACUCAAUGGCUACAAGGUAUUUAUUUCCAUUGCUCUCAUUCUGGGUGAUGGGUUAUACAUCUUCCUCAAAGUAAUUUACAUCAUCAUUAAAAACAUCCGCGAUAGGACAGGAAACAAGAUCAUCGAUACAGAUGAAACUGAUCAGAACAAAAUUCCAGAACUCCAUAAACAAAAUGAGCUUUUCGUUAGAGAAAGGAUUCCUAUGUGGAUCACAGGUGCUGGGUACAUCCCCCUCUCCAUCAUCUCCACCAUUGUGAUCCCAUUCAUGUUUCCCCAAGUUAAAUGGUACUAUGUCAUCAUAGCAUACAUUCUAUCACCAAUUCUGUCUUUUGCCAACGCGUAUGGAGCUGGUUUAACUGAUCAGAACAUGGCAUACAAUUACGGAAAAGUAGCCAUUUUCAUCCUAGCCGCCCUUGCCGGGAAAGACAACGGGGUUGUAGCCGGGCUCGUGGGCUGUGGUGUGAUCAAGUCAGUUGCCUAUGUUUCAUGCACCCUAAUGCAAGAUUUCAAGACGGGCCAUAUGACCCUAUCAUCGCCCCGUUCAAUGCUCCUUAGCCAAGCAGUUGGCACUGCAAUUGGGUGCAUUGCAUCCUCACUCAUCUUCUUCCUGUUCUACCAAGCUUUUGAUGUGGGAAACCCUAAUGGUGAAUUCAAAGCACCUUAUGCCCUAAUUUACAGGAACAUGGCAAUUUUAGGGGUUGAGGGAUUCUCAGCACUUCCUCGCCAUUGUUUACAGCUCUGUUAUGGGUUUUUUGCACUUGCAGUGGGACUAAACCUGAUGAGAGACUUGCUACCAUCAAAGAUUGGAAAAUUGAUGCCACUUCCAAUGGUUAUGGCUAUACCAUUUUUAGUAGGGGGUUAUUUUGCGAUUGAUAUGUGUUUGGGAAGCUUGAUAGUGUUCGUGUAUCAAAAACUUAACCCGAAGAAGGCCGAGUUAAUGGUUCCGGUUGUUGCUUCGGGUUUCAUUUGUGGGGAAGGGAUUUGGAGCCUGCCCGCUUCUCUUCUGGCUCUAGCUAAAGUUAAACCUCCAAUUUGUAUGAAAUUUUUGGCCUCUUAGGAGUUAUAUAGGAAGAAACUUGUGUCUUCUUUGUAGUAGAAUAACUCUGGACAUACGUUAAAAAUUCGGAGUUUGACUAAUAUUACCUCUGGUAAUUUGGUGAGUA